UGACUUGAGAAGAAAAAUUAGUAUACUUUUGUACUUGUGUUCGUAAUUUUUACAAAAUCCGGCUGCGCAAAAUUUAUCGGCCAAAGACGACUGGCCAAAUAGAAAAUUGCUAAAGCUAGAGUUCACGCUGACACGGCACAGUCAACAGAAAUAUUAAAUUGCGCGAAAUGUUUAAAAACACGUUCCAAUCUGGAUUUCUUUCGAUACUGUACAGCAUUGGGUCGAAGCCUCUUCAGCUAUGGGACAAGAAGGUGCGCAAUGGCCAUAUAAAGCGCAUUACUGAUAAUGACAUCCAGAGUUUGGUUCUGGAAAUAGUGGGAACCAAUGUGAGCACAACGUUUAUAACGUGCCCGGCAGAUCCAAAGAAGACGUUGGGCAUCAAGUUACCCUUCCUGGUGAUGAUAAUCAAGAAUAUGAAGAAAUACUUUACGUUUGAAGUGCAGGUUCUUGACGAUAAGAAUGUGAGGCGCCGGUUCCGCGCCAGCAAUUAUCAAUCCACCACUCGGGUAAAGCCUUUCAUAUGCACAAUGCCAAUGCGUUUGGAUGAGGGAUGGAAUCAAAUUCAAUUCAAUCUAUCAGACUUUACACGAAGAGCUUACGGCACCAACUAUGUUGAGACUUUGCGGGUGCAGAUCCAUGCAAAUUGUCGAAUACGUCGUGUUUAUUUCUCCGAUAGACUGUAUUCGGAAGAUGAGCUGCCCCCAGAAUUUAAACUAUUCCUGCCGAUACAAAAGCCCGUACAAAAGUCAACUGCUAUUUGCAGCUAACCAUUUAACCGUAGAAACAAUCUUAAGCACGGAUAUCUAUUUAGCUAUUCCCAAUAACCAAGCAUCUGCAAAUUAUUUAACUUAUAGCAAUCACCUGGAAACCAAUUUUCAUGCAAGCCGGCAUAAGUAUUUAUUAACAAUUCUAUGUCAAUAUUCGCUUCACUCAACUCUGCAAUAAAAUUCAACAUUUAUGUGUACAUUAA